UGAAUGUGUUUUUAACAUCUUCUCUUAUUUCUUAUAGAAUGGCCCUUCGGAUCAGACUCCAUCGACUUAUGAUUGGUUCCGUUCUUGUGUUCACCUGGCUUUUAUAUCUGAGAUCAAACAUGGAUGACGGAAAGGAGAAACAAAUCCACAUACUCAUCCUAACAUCUUGGCGCUCUGGCUCUUCUUUCCUUGGCCAGAUCUUAAACCAUCACCCUAAUGUUUUCUAUGUCUAUGAGCCAGCAAGGAUGGUUUGGGUUACAUUUCCUCAGGGGAAAGCAAGUCUUCUCCACUUCCCCGUACGAGAUCUUCUCCACUCACUUUUUAACUGUGAAAUGUCUCCUCUACACGAAUACCUUCCCAGAAAUGGGCGAUACAUAACCGAUCUUCCCUUUUGGUCAGAGAGUCGGGCUUUAUGUUCACCACCAGCCUGCAAAGCGUUUACCGUGGAUGCAGAGUAUGAUCGACCCUCGUGUUUCCAACGGUGCGGUUAUGUUCCCUUGGAAAACAUGACCCAAUCCUGUAAAAUCCACAAACACGUAGUACUAAAAACUGUUCGAGUAUUAGACCUUGGUGUUCUUCUUCCGCUCCUCCAGGAUGAUAAGCUUGACCUUAGGAUUGUCCACCUAGUAAGAGACCCUCGAGCUGUGGCUUUUUCAAGGCUAAACUUUAACCUUUUAAGGAAUGAGGAUCUCAUAGUGGUCAGAGACACAGAAAACUGGAAAAACAAACUAGGUGUGCCCAAUGUCACCGAUGUUAUGGCCAAUAUCUGCACGGCUCAGGUUGCGAUUAAUGAGUUUAGCAAAAAAGCGGACAUAUCCUUGUCAGGAUUUUAUAUGUUGGUACGGUAUGAAGAUCUGGCAAGAGAACCCUUGUCAACGGUUGAGAAGAUUUACAACUUUGCGGGUCUCAGCCUUACGGAAAAAAUGAAGAAUUGGUUGUACAAUGUCACUCACCAAAGCCAACCCAAACAAGGUAGCUUCAUGAACUUCGCUGCAAACUCCAAACAGGUCAUUCAAAAAUGGAGAGGUGGCCUCAAACACAAUGUAGUGUUGGAAAUUCAAGAACAAUGUAAGAAGGCCAUGGAAGUUUUUGGAUACAUACCAGUCAGGACUAUGAAAGAGCAGCGUGAUCUAAACUUCAAUGUAAUGACAGAUUUAAAAGGCAUUAAUUAGCACUUGUGUGUACCUAAUAGAUGCCGCCCUUUUGUGGCCUAAAAAAGUUUUACUGUAUAUAUACUCGAGUAUAAGCCAACCAGAAUAUAAGCUGAGGCACCUAAUUUUACCACAAAAA